GGCUGCUUUCCUUUUCGUCUCCCUCCCUCCGUUCUAUCCUUUCCUUCCGAUCGGAACUUCCAAUUCCGAUCCCCCUCGCGAUCGCCAACUGCUUUUUUUUUUUAUCGGCAUCGCCAACUACUCCUACUGCUAUAACCAUCGCUCCCCAACCCCAAGUCCCUAAUACAAUCUCCGUGUCUCCUCGUCGCUCUCCAGUUCAUUGCCACCGCGUUCGCUGCUGCAGCCCAGGGUUUGCGGAGUUGAUUUCGGGCGGCAUUGGUGGAUUCGGCUUCGGGCUGCGUCGAUUUGGUGGAGGUGAGAUCUACAUUAUGUACCCAAUAAGGGAGAUGAGCCUCCCAGUAAAAUAACACUGAAGACCGCAAACACUCAACUGAUAGAAGUAAAACCGUCCACGGAGCUACCUAAGCUAAUUUUCUUCCAGGUACAAACAUAACUAGGCUUUUGUAUUUAGAUGACAGGGUUGUUGGACCUCACAUAUUUGUUUUAGAAAGAGAUGAAAGUCGGUGGCCUUCUGACCUCUGCUGGAAUCAACAUUGGUCUCUGUGUACUUUUUCUGUCACUGUAUUCCAUUCUGAGGAAACAGCCACAAAAUGUCAAGGUCUAUUUUGGGAGAAGGAUUGCUGAGGAGCACAACCAGCUCCGUGAGGCUUUUAUCUUGGAGAGAUUUGUUCCAUCCACUAGCUGGAUUGUGAAAAGUCUGCGGUGUACGGAGGAUGAAAUCUUAGCUACUGCUGGGUUGGAUGCUGUUGUUUUCAAUAGAAUUCUAGUAUUUAGCAUACGCAUCUUCUCCUUAGCCGCCAUUCUUUGUGUAUUUGGAGUCCUUCCACUGAAUUAUUUUGGACAAGAUAUGCAUCAUGUCUGGAUUCCUGCAGCAUCAUUAGAGACAUUUACGAUAGGAAAUGUGCAAGAGAGAUCAAGAUGGCUCUGGGUCCAUUGCGUCAUACUGUACAUCAUAUCUGUUGCAGCUUGCCUUCUUCUAUACUUGGAGUACAAGCAUAUUGCUAGGCUGAGGCUAUGUCAUGUUUCUCGAGCAACAAGCAAUCCUAGCCAUUUUACUGUCCUUGUUCGUGGAAUACCAAAAUCAAGUAAAGAAUCAUUCAGCAGCACCGUUGAGAGUUUCUUUACCAAGUACCAUGCAUCAAGUUACCUAUCUCAUCAAGUUGUUUACAAAGUUGGGAAAGUUCAGAAGAUAGUGAGUGGGGCAAAGAAGGCUUACAGGAAGUUCAAACAUUUCAAGGGUGCAACAGUUGAUCAGAAAUGCAGACCAAUUACAUUUCGAUGUUGUUUUUGUGGAGCGUCUUCUAAUUCAUUCCAGUUGUUGCCCAUUGAGAAAGAGAGUGAAAAGCCUGACGUGAAUGAUUCAAGCUUGAGCCUACCUGAUGAGGUAUGCGGUGCUGCUUUUGUAUUUUUCAAAACUCGGUAUGCAGCGUUAAUUGUAGCAGAAAUUCUUCAGACAUCCAACCCUAUGAGAUGGGUCACUAGUUUGGCUCCAGAACCUGAUGACAUAUAUUGGUCUAAUCUUUGGUUACCCUACAAGCAACUCUGGAUCCGGCACAUUGCUACACUUCUGGGCUCUAUUGUUUUCAUGUUCUUAUUUCUUAUACCCGUGACAUUUAUACAAGGUUUAACUCAGCUGGAACAGCUGCAGCAAAGGCUCCCUUUCUUGAGAGGGAUAUUAAAAAAGAAAUACAUGACCGAGCUAAUUACUGGAUACCUUCCCAGUGUCAUCUUGCAAAUAUUUUUAUAUACUGUUCCCCCAACCAUGAUGCUAUUUUCUACUUUAGAGGGUCCUAUUUCUCACAGUGAAAGGAAGAGAAGUGCCUGCUGUAAAGUAUUGUACUUCACCGUUUGGAAUGUCUUCUUUGUCAAUGUCUUAUCAGGUUCAGCAAUUAGCCAACUGAAUGCUUUAUCAAGCCCAAAGGACAUUCCUAUGCAGCUUGCUAGAGCAGUACCUGUACAGGCUACCUUCUUUACCACCUAUGUUCUGACUUCAGGAUGGGCUAGUCUGUCAUCAGAACUUAUGCAACUCUUUGGUCUCAUAUGGAACUUUAUAAGAAGAUAUAUUCUGAGAAUUAAAGAAGAUAGUGAUUUUGUUUUCUCAUUUCCCUAUCACACUGAAGUUCCAAAAAUUCUCUUGUUUGGACUAUUGGGCUUCACAUGCUCUGUACUAGCACCUCUAAUCUUGCCUUUUUUACUGCUGUACUUCUUUCUCGCCUAUGUUGUGUAUCGCAACCAGUUCCUCAAUGUUUAUUGCACAAAAUACGACACAGGCGGUCUAUAUUGGCCAAUUGCACACAAUACAACAAUAUUCUCCAUCGUCCUGACCCAGAUCAUCUGUCUUGGUGUAUUUGGCCUCAAAGAAUCCCCAGUAGCUGCAGGCUUCACUAUACCUCUUAUCAUCCUUACUCUUUUAUUCAACCAGUAUUGCAGAAAGCGUCUUCUCCCAUUAUUCAAGACUUUCCCUGCACAGGAUUUAAUUGUCAUGGACAGGGAAGAUCAACAAGCGGGGAGAAUGGAGGACCUUCAUCAACGUCUUCAUGCUGCUUACUUCCAGUUUCCUGACACUGAUGAUAUCCCUUUGGAAGGAGUUCACACAAUUGGUAAAGAUGAAGAUGGAAGUGGCACUUCCGGUGAAUCUAGCUGCAAAGAAAGUGCUGAUCAAUCCAGCAGUGACCUAUCUCACCCAACACUGGAAGGGCUCCCUGUCAGUCAGCUACGAAAUGCGGCGAGAUCACUUAGUUUCAUUAUGAGAUUGCAGAAGAGAGGAUUAUCGGCAUAGCCCAUUCCUUCAUCGCCCAUGUAAAUUUACAGUCGACAAACCACUCACAUUAUAUUCAUAGCACGUACAGGGGAAGAUAUACGCAGAAAUGGAAGGGAGCAUCACCCGUUUGCAAGGGUAGAAAUUUUGAUGUGUCAAUUGACGCCUGAAUGACUUUUCAGGUCGUUCAUGUUCUAUUAUACAAGGAAAAAAAAUACUAUUCUUCGAUUGAUUCUUCAAACAUACAGUUUUGCAUUUCAUCUCUGGUUAUGUUGUCCAUUACUUGUGUAAAAGUAGUGUUCCCCUUUUGCGUUCAGUUUCUUCUGCGCCUAGUUUUGUAUUUACUGCUGUUUAUCAGAUCUGUUAUUGCUGCUGCAAGCUAUUCUCUGAUCAACUACAAGGCUACUACCAAUUUGGUCAUGAAGAACCUGUGGGACUAGAUUUUGGCGUGCCCAUCUCUGAAGUGUGCGCGGAAUGGGUUCCUGAACCGUGCCGUGGCGGCAUGGAAGGGAAAGGAGAAGCUGACGGGAAUUCCUCUGCGUCAGCACAGCAGGGCAAAAGCGAUGGAAUUUGCAAGCGCGGCAAGGC